AUGAUUUCCGCUAUCUUCGACGGUGCUCAUAUCACCGUCGCUGGGUGCCUCGGAGCAUUUUUUUUCAAACACACCGUGGUAGAUCGGACGUCGAAGGCCAUCAAAGAAGCGGAGAACGUCACCGCCGGCCUGGUCAUAUCCGAAUUCUGUAUCUCUGUCGCGGUACUAGUUCUAGCUUCCAACGAGACCACCCGGAUACUCCUCAGUAAAGAUGGUCAACUCCCUCCGAAGCACGAUUUAGCCGAGCUCAACGCGCCUCUCAUUUGCAACAAAGUGUCCGAUUUUUCUACUGCAGCAGACUCAAUUUCAAUCGCAAUCGAACCUUGCAGCACUCUGCCAGACCUAAUAAUUUCACUGAAUCCAAUUUCAGAUGACUCUUACUGCACUCCGCCAUCUACUGCGUGUUCCACUUUAUGCAUGCCGAUAUCGCCGACUCCACUGGUUCAGAACACCAAGCGCCUCUCAAUCGAUUCCGAUACGACUGUCGUCGACCAUGAUGACGACUUCAUGACGGACUUGUCUGGCGUGGACCUUGAGGAAAGCAAUAUCCCCCAGAACGACAGCGACUGCUCCCGUGGCAGCAUCACACUUGCUCCAAGCAACAAGAUCACGCUACUGAGAUCAAUUGUCUCGCCUCAGCGGCAUCAGAAUUUGCGCCCGGGUAGACACAAGCGCGAAUCUAGAUCCGCUCGCUUGGCCGCUGUCCGUGGCAGCAUCGAACGCACUCACUACAAGCAACAAGAACACGCUACUGCGGUCGAUGACCUUGAACAACUACAUGACGAUCUCCUCGCCGACCAAACCGCUCUUGUCGACGGCUGGACAGUUGCCAUGGCCCAGAAGACGCCCGACCCCGGAAAUUUAAUCGAAAUCAUUCAAGACCGACACCUUCACACACAAUGCUACUCCCGAGGUCCCCUACGACCAAAUCACGAAAAUUUACAACGGCCUCCCUCGAUGUCCCCUACGACCUGGAGCUUCAUGCCUGUGGGGUUGAAGGCCACCGCUGGCCGCGCACAAACUAUGUCUUCGCGCCGCCCGGUUAUACCUGCAGUCUUUGACGUCGGAUGUCCCCUACGACCAAUCCCGACACAACCGCAACCGCAACAGCGUAACCGCCUCCAUCUUGUCUCAGAGCACUUGGAGUUGAAGGCCACCGCCCGCGGCUCGCACUUACAUCUAUCUCAAGUGUCUUCUCUUGUCUUCGCCAUCAUGUAA